AUGUCGUCCUCAUUCCCAUCCUGCUUUCGUCCUCCCCAUACUUCCGAUGAAACUCCUCCGCCUCCUCCUUCCCUCUCCACCACCUAUCUCUAUCGCACCCACCUCGGCCUUGUUUCCCUCACUUGGUCUCGCUCCGUUCUCGGUCGUUCCCUCCAUCUUCAGCUUCAUUACCACAUCCCCCAACUUCAUCCUUCUUCUUCUUCUUCUUUUGCUUCCUUUCACCUGCACAUCAAGCCCUUCUUCUUCUGCAACAAGCACGGAGUCAAGAGGAUUUCCCCCAAUACCCGCAUCUUUUGGAAUAUUUCCAAAGCCAGAUUUGGGGCCGCGCCUGAACCUCUUUCUGGUUUCUUUGUUGCCGUCGUCGUCGACAAGAACAUGGUCCUUCUUGUUGGCGAUGCCGUUAAGGACGCGUAUUCGAGGACUAGAGUACUCGAGCCCCUGACUCCUCAGAUUCUUCUUCUGAAAAGGGAGCAUGUCGUCGCCAAUAAAGUUUGCUCCGCGAAGGCGAAAUUCGGAGGCAGAAUGAGAGACAUACAGAUCGAUUGCGUUUACGGAGACGAUUCGAGGCUCUGCUUCAGCGUCGAUGCCCAAAAGGUCCUGCAGAUUAAGCACUUGAAGUGGAAAUUUCGAGGGAAUGAGAGGGUGGAAGUCGAUGGGGUUCCCAUUCAAAUCUCGUGGGACGUCUAUAACUGGCUGUUCGAGAAAGACAACGGCGAUAGGCAUGCGAUUUUCAUGUUCAAAUUCGAAGAAGAAGAAGAAGAAGAAGAUGAUGAUGAUGAUGAUAAAGCUCGAGGCAAGGAAAUUGGGGACAGGAAGCUGACGAAUUUGUGGACGCAGCAGCAAAACUGGAGUGGAUCCAACGAAUUGGGGAAGACCUUAUCGUCGUCGUCGGCGUCAACGUCGUCGUCGGCGAGGUCUUUGGGUGCCAGUUCCUCAGUGCUGGAAUGGUCGAGCGUGGAGGAGAAUGAAUUGGUGGUUCCUGUUGGCUUUUCUUUGCUUAUUUACGCCUGGAAAAGUUGA